GAGCCGGGUGAACCCGGCUAUCCGGGACCAGAGGGCCCAAUGGGGGGACAGGGACCACCGGGAGAACCAGGAGUGUGCGUCUGCCAGAAUGUUGACUCUAUUCUUCUCAUCAAUCCUGGAUCACAGCCAAGAAUAAACACUGAUGAGUACCAAGCCGAGAGUUCCGCCGCUGCACCUCAGCCCAGAGCAGGAGGAUAUGGUAAACGAUAA